CGUUCACCUAACUUGCUCCCUUUCCACUCCACUCCACCCCCCACCACUACCACCACCCACCCCCAUUCACCACAUCUUCAUCGGUCGGAUUUUCUCGCGGUCUCGGCUAUCGGCUCGUUGCUGCUCAGUGGUGACGGCCUCUAAUUCACUUAUGCCUCUUAGCCACUGAUGCCGGCCGCCGAAGCUUCCCCCGUCGCAUCUUCCGAUUCCGGUUUUGUCAUGAUGGAGGACCGGAAAAGAGCCGCUGCCUAUGACCACAACGACUCGGCUCCACCAUUGAAGAAGCAGGCAACUUCUGUCAAUGGUGGUAAUAAGCCGCACCCUGAUGCUGACAUGCCCUGGAAAGAUGAUCUCGAGCGAUUCCAAAAAGACGCAAUAUGGCGCCAGAUGCAGGAGUACAAACGGGAAAAGGUAUCCCUUGAGGCCAAGUUGAAGGAGUUGUCCAGGUCCACCGCCUACCAUAAUGACCAUCUACGUAUUAUCGAUGCCUGGUACAAACAAUUAAUCGAUGAGAUCAAAAUACUCAUGGGCGCCCCGGAAGAAGAUGCCAAGGAACGUUCAUCUUUCCAAAGCAGUCUCUUAUUUGACGAUAAUGAGCAGUUUGAGAAACACCUUAAAUUACGAUCGGAGGAUAUCCGGAAAAUUAUUUCGAGAGUGUUGUCUAAAUCCUCCAAAGUAUCGCCUGAGGUCUCGGAAUUGCAGAGCCGACUUGCAAAGAAAUUGGCGGAAGAGAAGGCCGCGAUCCUCGAUCUCGAAAAAGCGUUGUCCGAAAAGCAGCAGUUAGAGGAGAGUUUGGAGGAGGCCUCUCUACGUUAUAUGGUCGCCGAGAAGAAACUUGAUCGUGCACGAAGCGUUACUGUCGCCAAAUUAGAAAAGCAAUACAUACUGGGUGCCCAGCGGCCCGGGGGUGAUAGUGCGUCGGGACCGCGUGAGGAGCCAUCGGCCUCCAACGGCGCAACUCCGAGUGGUGAACGAAGCCCUGCGCUGGAUGAAGCGCAUAACAAACUUGCGGCCGUCGCGGAAAAGCAAAAAGAACAGCUACAGAAAUUGGAGGCCGAGAACGCAAGUCUGUUGAGCCAAAUCACCGAAUUAAAUAUCAAGCAUACACGAUUGACGGAUGAUGACUACGCGAAUACGGAUUUAUUCAAGCAAUUGAAAUCCCAAUACGACGAUGUUGUUACUCGAAUAAACCAUCUGGAGGCGACUAAUGUGCAACUUCGCGAAGAGGCGGCGAAACUACGGUCGGAACGAACUGCAUACCGCAACCAAGUCGACGACGAGACGCGGAAUGUAAUUGUUGAGAGAGAGGCACAACUGAUGCGAGCCGAGACGGAUUUGGCACGGAUACGGAACGCACGCGAUGAACUGUUGGCAGAUCAGCAGAUGCGGAAGGCUGCGCAGGAACAGGAGAAAACCACUGUCAUUAAGGUUCAGGAACUUGCAGAUGCGGGCCAGGCUCGGAUCGCAGCUUUGGAAUCCGAGGUGGAGCGACUGCGUAUCGAGGUCGAGAAAGAGAAGGCCGCCGCACAUACGGCCGACGAGAUACCGACCGAAGAAUUACUUACCCGAUUCCGCAACUUGGAGCGUCAGUAUGCGAUGCUCAACACCGAGUUGUCCUCGAUGCAGGUUGCUUGCAAAAAGUACUCGUCUCUGGCUUCGCAGAAAGUGACUGAUUUCGGCGCUUUGGAAGAGAAGGUGGCACGGCUUAUAGCGGAGAAAUCGAAAGCGGAUCAGAAAUAUUUUGCUGCGAUGAAAAGCAAGGAAGCCCGGGAGUUGGAGGUUCGAACAUUGCGCAUGCAAAACUCCAAGAGUUCGGAUAUUGUUUCGCAGUUGAAGGAAUCCGAGGCCGCCACUCGGAACUUGCUUGCGAACAUGGACAAGCAACUAAGUGAGACAAGGGAAGCGAUGAAUGCCUUGGUUAAUAAGAACCACGCUGCGCAACAACAAAUCACAGAAAACAAUAUCAUGAUUGAGGGCCUAAAUAGGCAGGUGGCGGAUCUUAAGGCGUUGUCAGCAUCCAAAGAUUCGACACUUUCCAGUACGGCUAGUGCCUGUCGCAAAGCCGAGACCGAAGUCGAGGGCUUGAAGGCUACCCUGGCGGACACCAAGAAGAGUCUAGACAAUUGGAAGAACAAGAGUCUUGGCAACCAGUCGUCCGAGUAUGAGAUGCUGCGGACACUUGCUCUUUGUACAGUAUGCCGCCGGAACUUCAAAAACACAGCGAUCAAGACUUGCGGCCACGUCUUCUGCAAAGAGUGUGUCGAAGAACGUCUCACCUCACGGUCACGCAAGUGUCCGAACUGCAACAAGUCCUUUGGCAACAAUGAUUACAUGCAUAUCACCUUGUGAUCUGAUCAUUACGUCUCCAUUCAUAUACUUUGUGUAUCAUAGUCUCUCUACCUUUCCCACCCCCUCCCCCUUCCUUACUUUCCUCCCCUUGCCAUUCUGCCAUUCUCUCCCCAGACUUUUCUCUUUAUGCCCGUUUUAUUACCCUUCCUUACUUCUCCUUUUUACCCCAUAUCUUUCUCUAAUCAUGGAAAAAGGCUCAUGGUGCGGUGUUUACUGUUUUAGCAGGGUAGGAUCUCAAGAAGGCCGGCGUUCGAUUCAGAUCUGUUUCUUUUUGAUCAGAUAUCUCUUUGCAUAUUGGCCUGGUUGUUGGUCUUCGGGUUACCGGUUUGAUUCCAUUUCUUCUUUUCUGUCCGUUAUAUUCGAUUCCCUGUUCCUGUUACGAGGCGUCCUCCUUGGAUACCCACAUCAGUGUGUUCGAGCGGCACCUGGAAGAAGAAGAGAUAAGGUGUGCAGCUCACAUGUAGGAUUAACUCUAGAAAAAAAAACUAUCCUGAUGAAAG